AUAAACACGUGACGUUUGCAUGACAACCAGUGUCACAUGACCGGCGGUAGUCACAUGACCCGCACUGAUCGGAGGGACUGCUGAGCGCGGACAGGUGGACUCAGUAAGAUGCAGAUCCUGUGGUUUUUCCUGGCAUUCCUGCUGGGAGCCGGUGCUGCUCCAGUUGCAGAUGAGAUCACCUUCCUUCCUGGUCUCCAGAAACAGCCGAGCUUCAGGCAGUUCUCUGGAUAUCUGAACCUGGCUGAUGGGAAACACCUUCACUACUGGUUUGUGGAGUCUCAGAACAAACCCUCCUCCGACCCAGUAGUUCUGUGGCUGAACGGCGGUCCUGGCUGCAGCUCAUUGGAUGGACUCCUCACUGAACAUGGACCCUUCCUGAUCCAGGAUGAUGGCGUGACACUGCAGUACAACCAGUACUCCUGGAACAAGAUUGCCAACAUGUUGUACCUGGAGUCUCCAGUGGGCGUUGGUUUCUCGUACUCAGACAAUAAGAAAUAUGCCACCAACGACACAGAGGUGUCCAUGAACAACUACCUGGCUCUGAAGGAGUUCUUCCGACUGUUCCCGGAGUUCAGCAGCAACGAGCUCUUCUUGACCGGAGAAAGUUAUGGAGGGAUCUACAUCCCAACGCUUGCUGAGAGAGUGAUGGAGGACUCCACCCUGAACCUGCAGGGUGUUGCCGUGGGAAACGGGCUGUCGAGCUACGAGCUGAACGAUAACUCUCUGGUGUACUUCGCCUACUAUCACGGCCUGCUGGGCAGCCAGCUGUGGGCGGAGCUUCAGAAGUUCUGCUGCAGUGGCGGGAUGUGCAACUUCUAUGACAACCAGAACCCCAACUGUAGCGAAAGCCUGUCGGAGGUCCAGAUGAUCGUCUACAGUUCAGGACUCAACAUAUACAACCUGUACGCUCCCUGUGCAGGUGGAGUUCCUCACAGAUUCACUGUGGAGCAUGGGCAGUUGGUGAUUAGAGAUCUGGGAAAUAUUUUUAUCAACCACCAGUGGACUCAGGAGUGGAACCAGAAGUUACUAAGUCUGGCAGCUCUGCACCUGUCCGUCCGUCUGGACCCGCCCUGCACCAACUCCACCCCCUCCUCCCUCUACCUGAACAACCCAUACGUCCGAAAAGCUCUCCACAUUAGCCCUGACGCUCUGGACUGGGUAAUCUGCAGUUCUGAGGUGAACCUGAACUAUGGCCGGAUCUAUAUGGAUGUCAGGAAGCAGUACCUGAAACUGCUUUCAGCUCUGAAGUAUCGGGUCCUAGUGUACAAUGGGGACGUGGACAUGGCCUGUAACUUCAUGGGUGAUGAGUGGUUUGUGGAGUCUCUGCAGCAACAGGUGGAGGUCCAGAGGCGUCCGUGGAUCUAUGAAGGUGAAGAUGGUCGUCAGAUUGGAGGCUUUGUCAAAGAGUUUAACAACAUUGCCUUCCUCACUGUAAAGGGCUCUGGUCACAUGGUUCCAUCAGAUAAACCUGUUGCCGCCUUCGCCAUGUUCUCGAGGUUCAUCAAGAAGCAGCCGUUCUGACCUAAGCUCAGUUUGGACCUUCUUAGCUGCCGUACUCUCAGGGAUUUUUUUUGUUUUUGUAUUUUUGUUGUACAUCACUGUCAGCCAAUCAGAACAGCUCUCUGUUUUAAAGUUACAGUGCAAAGUUAUGUUAAUCAAUCAAGUGCCUCCUGUAUUGGCUCCACCCAUAUCUCCAUGGAAACGAGCACUGCCUUCUGAUUUCCUGAGUGUGAGAUGUUGGUUCAAAGGGAAAACACAAAAUAAACUCAGAUUUUAACCAGAA